GUGGUUAAAUACACAGGUAUUGAACAGAAGAGCACGCCACAGUCCGUUUAGGAGUUUCAUGCCAGUGGAGGAACCAGUCUGUUGUACAUUAGAAAGAAAAAACAACAACAUAAAGGACUCCAAAGUUUUGCACUGAGAAAGCUCACCUGUUCAUCUCACUUAAGUUACUUUGGCUUUGUGUAACUGUUUUGCUUUUGAAUUUUGUGUAACCGGUUCUGCAGAUUUUCAGCACCCUCUCAGGAUUUUCAGGAAAGCGUGAUGGAGUGCAGGCGGCCGCAGAGGAGAGUAAGGGUGCUGGAUGUCUUUCACUGGGCUGUGAUGCUGCUGGGGUUGAUUCAGUCCGGCGCGCUCGGCGCGAGGAAAUUCCGCGGAGGGCGAAACCCGCAGCCGCGGCGAGCGCUUCCCUCCGCUCAUUACCGGGACCGCGCUGAAACCACCGAGAGCUUCUCACUGGAUUUCACAGCUGUUGAAGAAAACAUGGACAAUUUCAUGACUCAGGUGAAGAACCUGGCGCAGUCCCUCUACCCCUGCUCGGCCCAGAAGCUCGACUACGACAUGAAGUUACAUUUCCUGGAGAAUACAUCAGUCACAUGUAACGACGGGACCCCCGCAGGGUACUACCUGAAGGAGUCCAAAGGAAGCAGAAGGUGGUUAAUAUUUCUGGAGGGUGGCUGGUACUGCUUCAACAAAGAGAACUGUAACAGCAGAUACGAGACCAUGAGGAGGCUCAUGAGCUCCUCCAAUUGGCCACAAACUAAGACAGGCACAGGAAUACUGUCUUCGCUUCCAGAGGAAAACCCACACUGGUGGAAUGCCAACAUGGUGUUUAUCCCAUAUUGCUCAAGUGAUGUAUGGAGUGGAGCCACACCAAAAACUGAUCAAAAUGACUAUGCGUUCAUGGGUUCACUGAUAAUAAAGGAAGUUGUAAAGGACCUGCUCACCAAGGGUCUGGACAAUGCUAAGAUACUGCUCUUAGCUGGAAGCAGUGCGGGUGGCACUGGGGUGUUGCUGAACGUGGAUUCAGUAUCUGAGCUCCUGGAGGAGUUGGGUCACACAAACAUCCAGGUCAGGGGUCUGUCUGACUCUGGCUGGUUCUUGGACAACAAACAAUACCGCUGCACUGACUGUGUGGACACCAUCAACUGUGCCCCCACUGAGGUCAUCAAGAGAGGAAUCAAAUACUGGGGCGGUGUGGUCCCUGAGCGAUGCCGACAGGCCUAUGAAGGAAAAGAAUGGAACUGCUUCUUUGGAUAUAAAGUUUAUCCUACCAUUAAACGCCCUGUGUUCAUAGUGCAGUGGCUUUUCGAUGAAGCUCAGCUAACGGUAGACAACAUUCAUCUUACGGGACAGCCCGUCCAAGAGGGCCAAUGGCGUUAUAUUCAGAAUCUGGGGACUGAGCUGAGGAACACUCUAAAGGAUGUGCCUGCCAUGUUUGCUCCAGCUUGCCUUUCGCAUGAAUUCAUAACAAGAAAUUACUGGACUGACGUUCAAGUCAAAGGCACGUCUCUACCCAGAGCGCUCCACUGCUGGGACCGCAGUCUACAAGAAAACAGCCGAAAUAAUAAAUCCCCUCCCAAAGGCUGUCCCGUGCACUUGAUCGACAGCUGUCCGUGGCCUCACUGCAACCCGACGUGCCCAACAAUCCGAGAUCAGUCGACGGGACAGGAGAUGAAUGUUAUCCAGUUCCUCAUGCACAUGGGCUUUGACGUGCAGAAGAUGGCCCAUCAGCAGGGCAUGGACCCAAGCAAACUAUUGGGCAUGCUCAGCAGUGGCAGCUAAAUACCAUAGAGAAACUCGCUCCCAGUUGGGACCGUGCUUCCUAUCAGUCCGUUUGAUACCUCCAACCCCAAACCCCCUUUACCCACCUCAGCUUUGACCUCAGGCUGAGCCUGCCUUUAGUCGGGGCUCUGUGCCAACUCUCUUGGGGUUUCCAUCUCCAGAUCCCCUCAUUUGGUUUCAGUGGGUGUCCAUUUUGCUCCAGUCUAUACUAUUAUCACUGAGCAGCUUGGAGAUGGUGGAGACGCCCAAAACAGAGAUUUGGAAUGGAGCCCUUGUCAAAUCCACCUCAGUUAAACCAUGGGCUGCUGACUGUUUAAAAACUGUUCCCAACACAACACAGUACCAGUGACAGUACUGAAGAACCAUUUAACCAGGACAAGGUACACCUGCAUCUUUGCUCUUAAUUUAUCUUUUGGUUGUAAAAGUAUCACGAAUGUAAUCCAGUUUUACGGAUCUUCAGCAUUGUUGUUUGCUUGGUGUUUUUUAUCGUAUUUUCUUUUUUUACCAAUAUUUUUAGCCACAGUUUAUUAGAGUUUUUAUAUGUCCAUUCAGAGGAAGAAAUACAGAGAGCUAGAGAACAGAGAUUAUCGAUUAUAGAGUUUAUAAUCUGUAUCACAGAUUAUAGAGUUUAUGAAGUACAUGUAAAAUAUAUAGAUAUACUCAAGAAUCUUAAAAACAGAAAUUUCAGAACAGACAGACACUGGAUCACCUGCUCUAAACCCAACACCAUUCUUGGGUAUGGCUAAGUUGUGAUAAAAUAUAUUAUAAUAAUAAUGUUUUAAAAAAUAGUAUUAGCCUUAUAAUAAAUUCUGUUACCAUUUACUAUCUCCCAUGCCAUUCCAAACAUUAAUUAUUUAUUUCUUUAGUAAAACACGGCUGGGUAGCUUCUCAAAAAUGUCCAAGCUUCUGUUUUUGAUACCAUCAAAGUUUAUGGUAAUUUAUUCUGCCAAAGGCCAUGAAGACAUAAUGGUGCCGUAUAAGUAUCAUAAUAGUCCAUAUGAUCCUUACAAUACAGAGUUCUGGCAUGAAACUCUAGAUGGCGCAGUUCGAUAGGUCUAACUCCACCUGACCUAAUGACAUCAUCACAUGGCACAGCUGAUUGGCUCUCUCCUGUUUCAGCAGCCAAUGAGCUUGCUGCUCAGCAUUCAAAUAUAUGACUAGUGCUUGCUGUCGCAGUUUGCAACAUGCUUCCGAAACCCUCCACCUUCCCCAGCUCCACCUCUAUAGAUCUGCUACAAGGGGAUUCAUGUAUGCUACAUGGGGUUAUUUCAUGUGUUAUAUUUGCAGCAGCAAUACUUCUUACAUGCUUACAGCAGCAUGUUGUGGAUGUAUUGGCAGUAGCAAGUCUCGGUACUUGCUCUGCCGCAGCAUCAACAUAGCAGAUCUAUUCCUCCAAGACCAAACACAUUAACAUUGUCAUGUACAUUACUACGCCAAUCCGGCCGAGAGUAGUCAUGACAUAACUAUAUUGUGAUCACAUGGACUACUUUUUGAAGAAUUCUGAAGCAGUAUAAAUCCACUUGCUUUUAUACAAAAACAGAAGAUUGGACAUUGUUAAAAAUUCUUAAACUACAUGAGGGUGAGUAAAUGAUGUCAGAAUUUUUAGGUGAACUAUUUCUCUAUGGUACUAAGUGUAUACAUGCUCACAAAUCCUGGAUGAAAUGCUAAUUCCAGAAAACUGAUCCUCCUUUUCAUAGUCACAUUCCAGGCACACGUUAUCCUGAAUGUGACCCUGCUACUCAGGUUGGUCUCUAUGCCUUUUUGGUGUACUUUCAGUUGAACUCAUUCACAUUGUAUUAAAAUGGGGAUUUCACUCAUUUCACUGUGUAGAAACUCUUUUUCUUAGUAGCUUAAUGGUAAAAUAAACAAAAUUACACUGUUGAGUGCUAUUCCCCUUUGUGUAAUAAACCACCAUUGUACUGACUGGACAGUAAGGCGAUUGAUCACAGUUUUAUCAAUGCAAAUUCUCACUUGAUUGGGAGAGGGUAUUGUGGUCUUUAUCUAUGUAUUGUUUUUCUUAACAGCUGACUCCUUUGUGAGUAUUCUGUCAAAUGAAGACACUCUAGACUGUUAAAAUAUUGAAUAGAAAAGUACUAUUUUUAAUAUAACUUUUUUGUAGCGGUCUCAUGAAAAAUAAUAAAAACAAAUAAAUCAACCAAAAGAAACGAAAACAACAGAGAUGUGAAGGUAUUACUAAUUGCUACUUUGUUCUGUAACAUAUUUUUUUUUAACAGAAACUCAAUCUACAUUGGUAAGUUGCAUAUUUAUUUUAUGUAAAUCAUAUUUAUAAUGCUAUUUUCACAGAGAAGUGAUUCUUUGUAAAUUGUAAAUAAUGCUGUUUUUUCUUGUGUCGAAUGCAUGUAUGUUUCCAUGAGAGAACACAUUACAGUUAUUUCAAA